GUGAGCUCCUUUGUCGCUGCGUCGCUCGUUGCCGCCGCCGCCGCCGCCGCCGCUGGCGAGUCCGAGAAGCUCCAGAUCGGCAUCAAGAAGCGCGUCGAGAACUGCGAGCGCAAGGCUGCCUCCCGCGACAAGGUGUCUGUCCACUACACUGGCAUGCUGACCGACAACUCGGUCUUUGACUCGUCCGUUACUCGCGGCACCCCGUUCGAGUUCACUCUUGGCGCCGGCCAGGUCAUCAAAGGCUGGGACCAGGGCAUUGUUGGCAUGUGCGUCGGCGAGAAGCGCCGUCUCACCAUCCCUUCGCACCUUGGCUACGGCGAUCGCGGCUCACCACCGAAGAUCCCCCCGAAGGCCACCCUCAUCUUUGACGUCGAGCUGCUCGAGAUCAAGAACGCCGGCCGAGACCUUUGA